AUGUCGCCGCAACCACCACAUAGCUUUAAUGAAAUAACAGACCCGUCUGAUUUUAAAACCACAGUUAUUCCAACUUUGGCCAAUUUGGAUGUUUUGGAAAGAUGCUACAUUUGCAAAGAGUUUUUUCGAGCACCAGUCAUCACUGCAUGUCAUCACACAUUUUGUUCACAAUGUAUACGGGAAUACUUGAUCACAAACAAUUUAUGUCCUUUAUGUAAAACUGAAGUUUAUGAGAGCACCUUGAAGCGUGAUGUGCUUUUGGAGGAGAUUGUUGAAUGCUACAAAAAGAUUAGGCCCCUACUAUUGGAGAAACUUGGCCAACAACAUAAGAAACGAAGUCGGGAGGAGAGUACUGAAAUAUCAGACACUGAUUCAGAUGUCGAAGUAGUUAGUUCUAAGAAGCUAAGGGAGUCGCUGGAUGACAUUGAGAAACAGUCUCCCCCGUUAUCAGCCAAAAAUGAAGAGCCUACACAAGAUUUAGUUCAAUGCCCCAUUUGUUCGAAAAAGAUGGAUGCUGAGAGACUUCAAACAAUUCAUAUAGAUGCAUGUUUGAGUGGAAAGGAGGAACCUGCUCCAGUUCGAAAUGGUGUAACAAAGUCUUCUAUUUCAUCGUUUUUCACACCUGUCAAGUCCGCAUCUCCAACGCCGUCUCCGGCAACUGCUACGGCAGCAUCUUCACCACCACCACUACCCCAACCACAGAAACAACACUAUACAGAACCCAAACCAGCACCAAAGCGAUUGCAAAAAUUGGACUUUGCAUCUUUAAGUACACCAAAACUUAGAGCGAAAAUGUCAGCGUUGAAAUUACUGACCUUGGGAACAAGACAUCAAUUGGAAUUGAGAUACAACAAAUUUUUUGUUUUGUUCAACUCAAACUGUGAUAGCCAGUACCCAGUACCGCAACAUGUUCUACGUCAACAACUAAAGCAAUGGGAAAUAUCAAAUCCGAGUUUCGCUAGUAAUGGGCUUCUACGAAGCAAUGAAGAUAUAUCAGACUCUAACUUUUCAUCAACUGAGUGGUUAAAGAAAUACAAUGUUGAGUUCAAAGAGCUCGUUAAACAAGCUAGGGGAGCUAAAGGAUAG